AUGUCCAACAAACUCUCCGAGAAGCUCGUUAUCGACCAGGUCGACUUUCACGGCAAGAGGGUCCUGAUGCGUGUCGACUUCAACGUCCCCUUUGCUGAUGGCAAGAUCUCCAACAACGCUCGCAUUGUUGCUGCCAUUCCCUCCAUCAAGUAUGCCUUGGACAACGGCGCCGCUUCGGUUGUCUUGAUGAGCCAUCUCGGUCGCCCUGAUGGCAAGAAGGUCGAAAAGUACAGCUUGGCCCCCGUCGCCAAGGAGCUCUCGACCCUCCUCCACAAGGAUGUCGAGUUCCUCGAUGACUGUGUCGGCGAGAAGGUCGAGGCUGUCUGCGCCUCCGCCAAGGACGGCAAGGUCAUCCUCCUCGAGAACCUCCGCUUCCAUAUUGAGGAGGAGGGCAAGAUCAAGGACAAGGAGGGCAAUGUCACCAAGGCCACCGAGGCCGAUGUCCAAAAGUUCCGUGCUUCGCUCUCCAAGCUCGGUGAUGUCUACGUCAACGAUGCCUUUGGAACCGCUCACCGCGCUCAUUCUUCCGUUGUCGGAAUUGAUCUCCCCAUCCGUGCCGCCGGUUUGUUGAUGAAGAAGGAGCUCCAGUUCUUUGCCCAGGUCCUUGAGGAGCCCAAGAAGCCCUUCCUUGCCAUCUUGGGAGGUGCUAAGGUCUCCGACAAGAUCCAGUUGAUCGAGAAUUUGAUGGACAAGGUCGAUGCUAUGAUCAUUGGAGGAGGCAUGGCCUUCACCUUCAAGAAGACCCUCGAGAAUGUCAAGAUCGGUAACUCACUCUUCGACAAGGACGGUGCCGAGAUUGUCGGCAAGUUGGUCGAGGCUGCUAAGGCCAAGAACGUCAAGCUCUACCUCCCCGUCGACUACAUCACCGCUGACAGCUUCUCAGCAACCGCCAAGACCGGCUAUGCCACCGACGAGACCGGCAUCCCCGACGGUUGGUUGGGACUCGACUGCGGCGAAAAGUCCAACAAGAUCUUUACCGAGGUCAUCGCUGGCGCAAAGACCAUCCUCUGGAACGGUCCCGCCGGUGUCUUUGAGUACGAUGCCUUUGCCAAGGGUACCAAGGCUGCCCUCGAUGCCGUCGUUGCCGCUACCGCCAACGGUGCCGUCUCGAUCGUCGGAGGUGGUGAUACCGCCACCGCUGCUGCCAAGUGGAACGCUGUCGACAAGAUCUCUCAUGUUUCCACCGGUGGUGGAGCUUCUCUGGAGCUCUUGGAGGGCAAGAACUUGCCCGGUGUUGCUGCCCUCUCCGUCAAGGCUUAA